AUGGGGGUGCGAUCGAGGAACCGCCGGGUCAGCAUGUUGAGUGUGGGGAGGAAGAACUUCCGCAAGGUAGAGCGCAUCGUGCGUUCGAUGACCACAGAAAGGCUAGCGGCGGCGAGGGUCGAGUUGGAGAGCUCGGGUAAGACGACCGAUGGUGACGUGAAGGAGCUUCUCAGGAGCCUCUCGCUUUACGGCCACCGGCAGCCCAUGUCGAGAGAGGUCCGUCUCAAUAUGCGGCGGAAAAUCCAGUCGCUCAUCGUCGGAUAUGGCGUGCCGGCCAUCUGGUUCACCAUCAACCCGAACGACAUUACGAACCCGGUGAAGCUGCGACUGGCGGCAUACCGCACACGCGAUCCCGACGCGGCCGAGGAGUUCUUAGAAGGCCUUGGGGAUGCGUAUAAGCGGGCACGGCUGGCGAUAUCGGAUCCCAUGAGCUCGGCCGUGUUCUUCCACCGCGAGAUGAAGCUGUUCUUCGAUCAUUACGUGAAGGUCGGUGAAGAGUCGGUAUUCGGGCGCAUCGGCAAGUACUAUGGCGCCGUGGAGACGAACGAACGAGGGGCGCUUCAUGUUCACGGCUUGCUCUGGCUGCACGGGAACGCGCAUCUCAGCUCGAUGCUUGCCGACAUCCACGGGGAGGAUCAGGCGGCGUAUCGCGAGCGAAUCGUCCGAUACAUCGAUAGCGUCUUCUCAGAGGAUCUGGACCAGGAAAGUUUUUGCGCCGUGCAAGCGGAGCGAUCUGUGACGGGCGGUAUUGGUUCCCUGCUGGACAACGCCGCGCAGUUCUCGGCCGCGUUUAUCGAGGAGGCCAACUUCUGUGCCGGCGCGACGAGGGCGGAAAGGGGACCUCUGCCGGUUCAAGGCGCCAUGGAGCGCAAGACAAUGGCCCUCAUCUAUUAUGUCACGAACUACGCGACCAAGGUGGAGGACCCGGUGUGGAAGCGUGUGGCGGCCGCGGCCGAGCUCCUGGCCGCCUCAACAGGGAACAGGACGCGACAGUUCCUGAUGAGAGUGGCGAACCGCGUGUUCACGGAGCGUCCGCUAUCACAGGUCGAGGUCGUCGCUCACCUUCUCGGAUAUCCGGCCGAGUUCACCGACAGCAGCGCGUGGGCGUACCUGAACUGUUCUCUGCUGUACUGGAAGUCUUUCGGCGAUGGCGGCAUCUCCGAGAAGCCAGUGGCGCUGCGGCUAUGGAUGACACCUUGGAUGACACCGGGAGAGCUGCUGAAAGGCCUAUGCCUGUAUGACUACAUAUCGAUCGUCAGACUGAAACGCAUCGGCAACGACGAGAGCUGGGCGGCUUGGGGGGAGAUGUCUUUCGAGGAUGGAUGGGCGCCGGGACGACGCUGGGUUCAGGUGCUCAGGCGGCCGGGCAAGCACGCUACCGUCUGCCUCGACGGCUACCUGAGCAAGGACUUCACCUACGAUGACGAGUCGUGCUACCGGAGGGCAGCCGUGCAGCAUCUUGCGCUGUUCGUGCCGUGGAGUCCUUCCUGGGCGAAGGAACAGCUGCUUCGACGAUCCGCCGAAGACGCAAAACGCGACGCCAAGCAAUGGGCAGCCUCGUCCGGCGAUGGCGACCCGACGGUCGCACACGUCGAGGAGGGUGGAGCAGGCGAGGCGGGCGCGGAGUCUGCAGCGACAUAUCAGCCCAACAGCAUCGGAGACGCAACGCGGCUCAUCGACGUCGUCCGAGGUGCAGUGGGAGCGAAUCAGGUGACGGCCAAGUCGCCGGAGCUCAUGGCAAUGAUACAGCAGCUCUGUCGGUUUCAGCAAUCGGCGCUGCGCUCGACGGCCGAGCUCGAGGCCACGGCGCUGAUCGAACGAGGGAGAGGCGGUUAA